GAUCGGACAAGUCCUUAUGAGAAUUGAGCAGGUUAUUCUCCUCAUUUUUCAUUAUCGGAAGAAGUAGAAAUUAAAAGAGAUGAGGGUUGAAAAAUUAGUUACCUUUUAUUCAACCAAUCAACACAUAUAAUUAGAAAUCUUAUAACUUGUAAAUAUAAAAAAUAAUAAUUCAAACGCUAGCUCUAGUCCCUAAAAAUAAUUCCUCUCCCCUAUGACAACAAACAUAAUCCAUACACGUAGCAUCCACUUAAAUAUCCUAUCUUAUUAAAAUGAUGAAGAAUACUAAACUGUAAAUGGGAUCAAUACAAAUUAAGCAGAUAUUAUUCCAUCUCAUAAUUACGAAUAUGGAAAAUUAAUAUUUCUCAUUGUUUGCGUCGACUUUGCUACAAUAAAGGGGAAGAGUGGAGUCUGGUCUGGAGUGCACGCCACGGCCCUUGAGCAGAUAUUAUUCCAUCUCUUUAUGACAGCUUAACCGAAUGGUCAAUGCCAUUGACUUAACCGGGUCAAUGAUCGACUUGACCCGCAAUGGAGAAGCAAUAAUUAUGGCUAGCUACUUAAGUCAACUAGACCGCAGAAUAACUAUUCUCCGGUGAAGUUAUAAAAAUAAUGCAUGAUUCUGAAUAAAAAGCAGAAGUCUAAAAGGAAAGCACUCUGCAAUGUCUACCAGUUCUCUGGUUUUGCUCUCAUUGCUUUCUCAUCUUACCAUUCUGUGUGCCCAGCUUCCUGUUCCUGACUGGGCAUGUACCUAUUGUUUCCAUGACAGAGGUAACUUUACAAAUACAAGUACGUACCAGAGCAACUUUAAUAUUGUCCUUUCAAAUCUCACUUCCAACACAGAAAUUGACUAUGGCUUCUACAAUUUGUCUCAUGGCCAGCAUCCUGAUAGAGUAAGCACAAUUGGGCUAUGUCGAGGAGAUAUCACACCAGAUGAAUGCCAUGCUUGCCUCAAGAAUGCCUCACUUAUUCUCCCUAUGUCGUGUCCAAAUAUGAGGGAGGCUAUGGCAGGCUCCGACGAGUGCUUUCUCCGACAAUCAAACUGCUCAAUAUUUAGGGUCAUGGAAUCUAACGCUUCGUGCAUAUGGUGGAACAGGUAUGAUACAGCAGAGCAGGACAAGUACAAUGAAGUUAGUGGAUUAUUGGAAGGACUGAGAAGCAAAGCGAAGAAUGGAGAUUCACUUCUUAAGUAUGCAGAAGCAUAUCAAACGGCUCCAAACUUGCAAAACAUAUUUGGUGCGGUUCAGUGCACUCCUGAUUUGUCUCAGCAAGAUUGCUCCGACUGCUUGAAGACCGCUAUCUCUGAACUUCCCAAUUGUUGUUUCGCAAAGAGAGGUGGUAGGGUUAUCAAACCCAGCUGCAAUGUUAGGUAUGAGAACUACCGUUUCUUUGGUCCCAUGGCUGAGGAUUCACCACCGCUGCUGCCGUCUCCUCUUUCCCCUCCAACGACGUCCACCUCAAAAGGGCAUAGUAGACAGUCAAUCAUUACUAGCAUUGCCAUUGUUUUGCCCACUGCUGCAAUCAUCCUAGUGCUCAUCUGUGUCUUCAGCAUUUGUUGGAGAAUGAGGAAAGGCAGAGAAGCAGUUCAAACGGAAGCAGAACUUGAUGGUCAAAUUGAAUUUCUUGAGUCAUUACAAUUAGAUUUUGAAACCAUCAGAACUGCAACAGAUAAAUUUUCUGAUGCAAAUAAACUAGGACAAGGUGGAUUUGGACCAGUUUAUAAGGGUAAGCUCCAUAAUGGAGAAGUUGCUGUCAAAAGGUUAUCCAACAAUUCUGGACAAGGAGCUAUAGAAUUUAAGAAUGAAGUAAAGUUGGUGGCUAAGCUUCAGCAUCGCAAUUUGGCCAGACUCAUUGGUUUCUGUUUAGAAAGAGGAGAAAGACUUCUCAUCUAUGAGUUUCUUCCCAAUAAAAGUCUUGAAUACCUGUUAUUUGGCAAGUUACAAGUGCUUUCAUAUCAAGAAAAAACUUACAUGUUCUUUAACUUAAUUAAUUUAUAUAUUAUCUCUCUCUAUUUUAAGUUAACUGUAAUGAUCGAUAAAAGAUUACAUCCAUUAAUAUUAAAUUGGUUCUUUUGGUUUCAGCUUCCUGAGUUGAGAUCUAUCUACUGUUUCCAUAGCAGAGGUAACUUUACAAAUUCGAGUACGUACCAAACCACCCUUAACAUCGUCCUUUCAGAUCUCACUUCCAACACAGCAAUUGACUAUGGCUUCUACAAUUUGUCUCAUGGCCAGUAUCCUUAUAGAGUAAGCGCAAUUGGGUUAUGUCGAGGGGAUAUUAAACCAAAUGAAUGCCGUUCUUGUCUCAAGAAUGCCUCAGUUCUUGUCCCUAUGUUGUGUCCGAAUAUGAAGGAGGCUAUGGGAGGCUACGACGAAUGCUUUCUCCGAUACUCAAACCGCUCAAUACUUGGGGUCAUGGAAUCUGACGCUUCGUUCAUAUUGUGGAACAAGUAUGAUACAACAGAUCAGGACAAGUACAAUGAAGUGGUUAGUGAGUUGUUGGACGGACUGAGAAGCAAAGCUAAGAAUGGAGAUUCACUUCGUAAAUAUGCAGAAGCAAAUCAAACGGGUCCAAACUUUUACACCAUAUACGGUGCAGUUCAGUGCACUCCUGAUUUGUCUCAGCAAGAUUGCUCCGACUGCUUGAAGACGGCUAUCUCUGAACUUCCCGAUUGUUGUUUCACAAAGAGAGGUGGCAGGGUUAUCAAACCCAGCUGCAACGUCAGGUAUGAGAACUACCGUUUCUUUGGUCCUGUGGCUGAGCAUUCACAGCCGCCGCCGCCGCCGCCUCCUCUUUCCCCUCCGAGGACACCCACCUCAAAAGGGCAUAGCAGAAAAUCAAUCAAGACUAUCAUUGCCAUAGUUUUGCCAACUGCUGCAACCAUCUUACUGCUCAUCUCUGUCUUCAGUAUUAUUUGUUUGAGAAUGAGGAAAACCAGAGACGCAAUUCAGAAGGGAGCAGAACUUGAUGAUGAAACUGAAUUUAUUGAGUCAUUACAGUUAGAUUUUGAAACCAUCAGAAGUGCAACAGAUAACUUCUCUGAUGCAAAUAAACUUGGACAAGGUGGAUUUGGACCAGUUUAUAAGGGUAAGCUCCAUAAUGGAGAAGAAGUUGCUGUCAAAAGGUUAUCAAAGAAUUCUGGGCAAGGAGACAUAGAAUUUAAGAAUGAAGUAAAGUUGAUGGCUAAGCUUCAGCAUCGCAAUUUAGCUAGACUCCGUGGCUUCUGUUUGGAAAGAGAAGAAAGACUUCUCAUCUAUGAGUUCCUUCCGAAUAAAAGUCUUGACUACUUAUUAUUUGAUCCAAAUCAUCGUGCUCAACUGAAUUGGGAGAUGCGUCACAAAAUUAUCAUGGGCGUAGCUCGUGGCCUUCAUUAUCUCCAUCAAGAUUCCCAACUACGAAUUAUUCAUCGUGAUCUCAAAGCAAGUAAUAUUCUUUUAGAUGCAGAGUUGAAUCCCAAGAUAUCUGAUUUUGGCAUGGCAAGAUUAUUUGCUAUGGAUCAAUCUCAAAGUAACACUAGUAGAAUUGUUGGAACUUAUGGAUAUAUGGCUCCAGAGUAUGCAAUGCGUGGGCAAUUCUCAAUCAAAUCAGAUGUCUUUAGUUUCGGUGUGCUAAUCCUAGAGAUUAUAUGUGGGAAGAAAAACAACAGCAUCUUUCAUGAAGAGAAUAUACUGAAUCUACUGAGCUUUGUAUGGAAAAACUGGAGAGAAGGGACAACCUCAAAUAUAGUAGAUCCUGUAUUAAACAAUGCGUCAAGCAAUGAAAUAAAGAGAUGCAUCCAUAUUGGGUUGCUAUGCGUUCAGGAAAAUGUAGCUGAUAGGCCAACCAUGGCUUCAGUUGCUCUAAUGCUUGAUAGCCACUCUAUAACUCUCUCAGUACCAUCCGAACCUCCAUUUUUAAUGUAUAACAGAAGCUUACCAGAAACGAAUUCUGGGGAGAAUAAUUCAUCAGGCGCCACAAGAUCAGCUGAAGGAGGAAGAGACUAUGUUGAAGCCUCAACAAAUGAAGUCACAAUAACUGAGCUUCAUCCUCGCUAA